AUGUUUUCUCUGAUGUGUGUCGGCAUUCUUGAUAAGUCAGUACCCUUUAUGUGCAUCUUUUCUGUAGGGUACGCGGGAGUUAUCCAGGCGUUGGACUCUCCGUCGAGCGCGGAGGAGGCCUCUUUUCGGCUAGGUUCCCCAGUGGCAGAACUCCAAGGGCCUAGCCCGUCAGAGAUGUCCCCGGUGCAGAUACGUCGUCCACCGCCAGUCGACUCUGAGCUGUCAACGCCGGGUUCGGGCGGUUAUGCCAGCCCGAGCGUACUGUUUGCUAUCCCGCCCGCUUCACUCAUGCGGUCCAGUGUACAGAACCCUCUUUACGUCGACAGGCCGCCGUCAACUGAGGGCGACGAUAACGUCGCCAGGGUGUUGGCGAUGUCACCCCGUGCGGACCAAAGUCAUGCGUCCAGGUUGCCAAGGUGCACCUUCGAGUCCGGUUGGAGCAGCUCGUCUAUUUCUGCAGAGCGGUCUAUUUCGCUACACGCGUCGCAGCAUGAGUAUGACGAUAGGGUGUCAUCGCUACCGCAUGCAGACCCAACUGCUUCCCCAGCAGUUUCAUCAGUACGUCAGCUGAUCCCCUUGAUGCCCCAAGUGGACGAGACUCCACGCCGAAUCAUCAAGAACCUUUCCGCUACGGCGCGAGGUUCUGCGCUAGGUGCCGAUCUCGCAAAGACUACUUGUACUUUCUCGUCACGAAUGCAUGGCGCCGAAAAGGGCCUAGGGGGAGCAGGCCUGCAGUUGCCAAGUAACAGUUCCCGACGCCCCUUCAAGACUGACGAAGCCGGCAUGGCAACGCCGUGUUCCGCAACGUUUCCCGGUCGUGUGGAGAGGGAGCCUGUUCCUGCAGCGGCUUUCCGUUCUGCGGCACGCAACAGUACGGCUACUGUCGUGCAUAAUGCAUGCGACCCGUCCAUCGGCAGAAAGGCGGCUCAACAGGCAGGCAGUACGAAACUUGUCAACAUAGCAAACGUUCCAAGCAAUAUUGUGUCUCUUGACCGGGACGACACGUUUUCGGCAGGCCGAGCUCUGGACCAGACUCCUCGCAAGGGUGUCAGGGUCCCGGCGCAGGAUGGCGAGAAGCACUGGCAAAAUGCUGAUGGUAGGUCGAAAGAGGCAACAAAGGCACAGCAGCGGCACACGGCGGAGCUAGGAAUGCAGGGCGGCAAAUGCAGUAAGGGAACGCAAAUGCUGGCGUCCUGGCUCUUGCUUUCAGUAGUCCUGGCGCUGGCGCUGCUCGGGAACCACUUCACUGCCGAGUGGUGGAAGCCACCAACCAGGGUGUUGGUUGCAGCGCCCUACAACACUGGCCCUGUUUGCUUCCUGGAGCGUUAUCCAGGAGCAAACGACUUACCACAGGCAGCACCAUCUCCAAUCCGCAGGUUGCCCAUGCAGCUCCCUAAUUGCCAUGCACUCGAUGGAUUCUUACAGUCUUUCCGACGCGCGCCUUCGCUUGCGCUGUCUAGCUCUGGUGAGCAUGGGCCAGCCACCCAUUUUCAUACCAACGUGUCGGGGGUGCCAAGUGUGAUCACGUGUGAUGAGGACCAAUCUGGUUUGACCCUUGCUUCGCCUCCUAUCGUUGCCAUGGGAAAUGGUGAAGCGCUUCAGGCCAUUCUAAAUGCGUCUGAUACUGACGACCUUCGCGUUUCCGACAAACCAGUUUUGCGCACUUUCCUCUCGGCGCGGCUGUACGGCUGGAACCUCCCAGAGUUUCUUCUGGGCGCUGUCACGGCCGGAUUUGUUGGAAAGUUGCUUGCCUGGUGUGUCGAACAACUCUUCCCAUGCUUCAAGCGCCGGCAGAAGGCAUUAAGGCGCGCCCUCGUCCAAGGCAGCACGGUUACAUCACCCCAAUCGCCCACAGUUGGCCGCAUCCUUCGUCCCAAGUGGCCACAAGGUGCCGCCAAAGUGGACGAGCAGGUCGCGCAAGUAAAUGUCGCCAUGCUGACUACGUACGAAAGCCAAAGUAUCGCAUCAGGGUCCCUUGUGUGGAACGGCAAUAAGCUUGUGUACUUGGAAGGAUGA